AUGACCACGCACAAUGUUCAACAUCAUCAUCAUCAACAUUCAUCGAGUUUGACUCUUCCAGGUUCUCCACAACUCUUGGGAACUCCAAAUUCACCUCUCAUGAUGGCUGGAAGUGUCAAUUCCAAUCAUUCACAUUUAGAUGCCAAUCCCACGAGUGGUCAUGCACCUUCGUCAUCCAUCAACCAUGUCGAUGAUGAAUUAUGGUAUAUGAAAAAUCAAAGCGUUUCACCCAAUGGACUGUUACCUUCAGGCACAAGUUUACAAAAUAAUGUAAAUUCAAAUACUAUUUCGAAUCCACCAAAUUCAACACCACCUCUUUCAACAAGUCCUGUUCCAACCAAUCAAAAAGUUAAUUCCUUAGAUAUCACUUAUUCACACAAUAUCGAUCAUGCCCUGAAAACCAUUUCCAAAAAUUCAGCAACACUCUCCUUAAAACCAAAUAUUUCAGCUGAAAAUCGAAGAGGAAGUUCCUCAUCGAAUAUUUCAGAUACUUCCAUGACAGGUCUACUGGUUGCCAAUAAGAAGGUCAUUGAAGUCUCACGAGACAGAGCUACCAGCAAUGUUUCAGGAGAAUCCAAAUUGAGUGAAUUAGAUAAGGCAUUAUCAUUGGCAGUUCCAACUUCCUCCUUUUAUGAAAAAUAUCCAAGUUCUCCAAUGGUGAAAUUUCUCAAAACUCUCAGAAUUUUCAUGAUCGUUGUAUUCAUAUUGCAUUUAAUAGUGAGUAUUGCUGAUGUUAUUUGCAUGCUUGCCUUCCAUUUAUGGGAAUUUUUUGGAUCCAGUACCAUGUCAGGAUUUUUCCCAUCACUCGAUUUGUAUCCAACCGUAGCCUUCUCCCUUUCCAUGGCUCUUUCCAUCUCGAUGGUCCUCUUUGCAAGCGUAAAUUUCAUUCAAAUUCUCUCCUUGACCUAUGUCUUGUAUUUUGACCCAGAUCAAGACGACGCCAUCAAAAGUGCCAUUUUAGGACAUCCCAUGCCAUCGAGUACCAACAUUGGACCCAUGAAAGUAGCCUUAGAAACCAUUGAGGAAAAUAAGAAUAGAUCUCUCAUCUGUACCGCUGUUUUAUUAUGCCAUAUCUUUGUAGCCAUCUAUGUCGCGUGCUAUCCUCUCUUUUAUUAUAGCAUGAUGUUGCAAGGAAUGAGUUUCAUGUUUCAGAUUAUUUUUUAUGCAGGAAGAAGAAUCGGAACCAUGUGUGCCAUCUUGUCCAUUUACUUGUUGUAUGUGCCAUUUUUUAAAAUGUAUCAUGGAAUUACAAAAAUUCAAACCACCAAGAAUAAGAGAAUUACCUUAUUUAGAUAA